AAAUCACCUGUAAACUCAGUGUGUUUACCUCUAGCGCUGCAGCAGCUGCAGGAGGAGUUUUCUCCUGAGUUUACCUUUUUGUUGUUGUUUUUUUCCCCUUUCUUUUUACAGCCUCGUCCCAGACACCAGCCCCAGGCUCUCUGAACUCCUCCUCCUCUUUCUCCUCCCCCUUUUUUUUUUCCUCUUUCACCCGCUCAGCUGUCACUCUGCCUUGACACUGUCAGGAUAUCCCCUUCCCUCUUUCUAGGGUUUCAUAAUGCACCAGGAUCUGAGCGAGGUCUGACUCUCAUUCAGCGGCUGGGGUGGAUUUCAUCCCACCAUUGCUGGAGAAUAUUGAUGAUCACCCAGCAUGAGUCAACACAGUGGGGUUGUAGCGAUGAUGGAAGGUCAAAGGCCUCACAGAACUCAACUUUAAAUGACUAGAAGAGUCUUAUUUUUAAUUAUCUUUCUGGCCGUGGCCUUAACGGAAGCUGAUUUCUUAGUUUUUUACUUAUAUGUGUGUCUUUGGGGAUUUGCUAUUAUGGGAAAUGCAGCAGGAAGCCCGGAGGCUUCCCAGAGGAAGGAGAGCAAGUCGGCUCCUCUUGGCUCCACAGGUCCCCAGAAGCAAACACCAGCCGAGAAACUCCCAGUUCCACCUGAAGAAGAGCUGGAAGAGCGCUUCAGUGCCGUGUUGAAUACGAUGAACCUUCCCCCAGACAAAGUGAAGAUCCUCAGCCAGUACGACAAUGAGAAGAAGUGGGAACUCAUCUGCGACCAAGAGCGCUUUCAAGUGAAGAAUCCACCAUCUGCAUAUUUGGAAAAGCUUAAAAGUUAUCUGGAUCAUGGUGGAGGAGUCAGUCGGAAGUUCAAAAGACGUGUCCAGGAAUCCACACAGAUCCUGAGAGAGCUGGAGAUUUCCUUGAGGACCAAUCACAUUGGCUGGGCUCAGGAGUUCCUGAACGAGGAGAACCAGGGUUUGGACGUUCUUGUGGAUUAUCUGUCCGUUGCCCACAGCACUGUAACGUACGACACAGACGCCUGGGACAACGGCACGCUAACCACAGACAGAGGCAAAACUAUUGACAAGUCAGCAGAAGAUGUGAACAGAAGUGCUAGUAACUCACCUUCUCACUCUACCUCAAAGACCAGCAAGUCCUCCACAGUCAGGAAAGGUGCGAGGAACACACGCACCGUGAGCCAGAAAGACGACGUUCAUCUCUGCAUUAUGUGUUUACGUGCCAUCAUGAACUACCAGUCGGGCUUCAACCAGGUGAUGAAGCAUUCCUGCUGCGUCAACGAGAUCACACUCAGCCUCAACAACAGAAACCCGAGGACCAAAGCUCUGGUGCUGGAGCUGCUGGCGGCCGUGUGCUUGGUGAGAGGCGGCCACGACAUCAUCCUCUCCGCCUUCGACAACUUUAAAGAGGUGUGUGGAGAGAAGAGCAGAUUCGAGAAGCUCAUGGAGUACUUCCGCAACGAAGACAGCAACAUUGACUUCAUGGUGGCCUGCAUGCAGUUCAUCAACAUCGUGGUCCACUCAGUGGAAAACAUGAACUUCAGAGUCCACCUGCAGUACGAGUUCACUCGACACAGCCUGGACGAGUACCUGGAGAACCUGAAGUUCACGGAGAGCGACCGGCUGCUGGUGCAGAUCCAGGCCUAUCUGGACAAUGUGUUCGAUGUGGGAGCUUUGCUGGAGGAUGCAGAGGCCAAGAACGCCCUGCUGGAGCACAUGGAGGAGCUGCAGGAGCACAACGCACAGCUAAACACCAGGCUCAUAGAGAGUGAGAAGGAGGCCAUGGAGAAAGUGUCAGAGUUGGAGAAGAAGCUCAUCCAGACCACCAAAGAAGUGGAGCUCCUAAAGGAGAGUCUCCGUGAGUCUUCAUCUCAGGUGGCUCUGCUGCAGCAGAGAGAUCGGGAGAAAGAGCUUGAACUUGAGAGGGAGAAGGAGAGGGAGAGAAACGAGAACCAGUCCACCGAGGCCCUGAAGGAGCUGGAGGUCAGAGUUCAGGCUCUUGUGGAGCAGGGGCUCGUCCGUAUGGAGCGGUCCCCCUCUGGACACCUGGACAUACAGGUGGUCCAGCAUGGGCUGCACACAGCUGGAGAUGAAGUAGACACAGGUGAUGUUGCCGCUAUCGCAAAGUCUGCGACUAUACAAGCUCCGCCUCCCCCUCUACCUCCUCCACCUCCACCACCUCCACCUCCAGCCUCAGUUGUAGCUCCUCCUCCUGCUCCUCCACCGCCGGCUGCGCCACCUUCCCUGCUGCUUGCCGGAGGCAAUACGACCGAGUCGACAGUGGACGUGACUUCCGGAGGCCAGGGCUGUAAAGUAAAAAAGCCGAUUCAAACCAAGUACCGCAUGCCGUUGUUCAACUGGCAGACACUCAAAUCCAACCAGGUGGCGGGAACCAUCUUCAACGAGCUGGACGACGAGCGCGUGCUAGAGGAGCUGGACAUGUUGGUCUUCGAGGAGCAGUUUAAGACCAAAGCACAGUCCACCUCUAUGAAUCUGGGGACUCUGAAGAUGAAAAAGGCCCACAAGACCCCCAGUAAGGUGUCUCUGAUGGAGCCGAACAGGGCCAAAAACCUGGCUAUCACCCUGCGCAAGGAAGGGAUGGCUGCGUCUGAUAUCUGCUGCGCCAUAGAGACGUAUAACCAGAGAGCCCUGGGCCUGGACUUCCUGGAGCUCCUGGAGCGUUUCAUCCCCACAGAGUAUGAAAUGAAGCUCAUCCACGACUACGAGUGCGAGGGCAGGCCCCUGGACGAGCUCAGCGAGGAGGACCGCUUCAUGGUGCGCUUCAGCAAGAUCCCAGGGCUUCCCCAGCACAUCAGCACUCUCACCUUCAUGGGUAAUUUCCCUGAGAGCGUCCACCUGAUUCAGCCGCAACUGGACGCCAUCAUCGCGGCGUCGAUGUCGAUCAAAUCUUCCAGCAAGCUGAAGAAAAUCCUCGAGAUCAUCUUAGCUUUUGGAAACUACAUGAACAGCAGCAAGCGAGGGUCAGCGUACGGCUUCCGUCUGCAGAGUUUAGACUUGCUGUUGGACACCAAAUCUACAGACCGCAAACAGACGCUGCUGCACUUCAUCGUCAGCAUCAUCCAGGAGAAAUACCCGGAGCUGCAGUCCUUCCACACAGAGCUGCACUUCCUGGACAAGGCAGCGUUGGUUUCUCUUGACAGUAUCCUGCAGGACGUUCGAGCUCUGGAGAGAGGCAUGGAGCUGACCAGGAGGGAGUUCCAAGUAGAAAAAGACAACCCUGUGCUGCGGAGUUUUCUCGGCAGCAACUCUGAGCUGCUCAGCUCGCUUGUAGCCGACGGAAAGACUGCACAGGACGUGUACGACUCAGCGGUGGAGUUCUUUGGAGAGAACCCCAAAACCACUCCGCCCUCCAUGUUCUUUCCUGUUUUUUUCAGGUUCAUCAAAGCGUACAAGCAAGCGGAGCAGGAGAACGAGCAGAAGAAGAAACGGCGCGACAUGAACCCCGAGCCUCCGUCCACUGCUCCGAAACCUGAACUCACUGGGAAUAAGGUUCCCAUGAUGCCCAGGCUGCCUCAGAUGGAUCUGAUAGCAGAGCUGAAGAGGAGGCAGGUGUCUCCUCUGGUGAGGGAGGGGAAAGACGGCGCGAUCGAGGACAUCAUCACAGCUCUUAAAUCUGUGCCCUUCACGGCUCGCUCUGCCAAACGCUCCUCUCGCCUCUUCUGCGACUCGGUCUUCAGCGACGAGAUUUAAGGAAUCAGCCGUAUAGGCGGGCGGACGCCGGCCGACACAGCGCCAAGUGGAAACAGGGACAACAGCUCAACGUCUCGUCAGACAUCUCCCUCUGAGACACCUAGCGCUGCAGCUUCGCCCACAUGUAACUCGCUCUGCAACGCUCUCGCGUGCAUGCCGACCAGAGCAGAGGAAAAAAACACGAGCUAGGUGUUUAGAUCAAACUACUCCCUGAUUAAAGUCUAAACUGUCUGAUUUAUUAGCUGUGCUCAGUGACACUGGAUGUCGUAUGAGCUGAUCGAGAUAGAGAAGAACGGAAUGAAGACUUUGAUUCAAAGUGAUUCUUCAGAGGCAUACAAACAAAGGUAGAUAGAGAUAGAGAUAGAUUUCUUAAAGUUUACAACAUGAUUUUUUUUUAUAACUGAUUUUAAUUUGAAUAAGAUAUUAACAACCACCGCCUGUGUCUCUGUCUCAAAACCUACGCUAAGGAUUGUAAUAUAUUUAAAUUAUUUUUAAUACUGACGUGUUAGAACGAUGAAAUUCCACUUUGCUUCUGCAUUUCAGCAAAUAAAGGAUUUUAUACUGUU